GAGAACUGGCGCAGUCGGUUCGGCCAGAUUUUCUGGGCGUCAGCCAGCUAGCUUCGGGCUCGGCUGGACCCUGAUCCAUUGUUGGUGACGCGUGCGGUCAGUGCCUACCAGUAAACGACAUGAAUAUAACUCGCGUCCUUGUUUGAGCAAAGAAACGCUCUAACACCUUUGACUACCCUUUAGGAUCCACGAAUCAUGGCGGAAUACGAAGUCGAACACGGCAUCAAGUCCGACGAGUCAAAAUCCAAGCAUAUCGAUCGACCAGACCUGUCCUCAUUCUACUCAGAACUUGACUACAGCACGUCAGGUAGAGGAGCACAUGCAUCGCCGGAGCCAGACCAUGUAGCGGCACCACAUCUUCUCCUUGCGGAUGCGUAUAAUCAUAUAUUGAGAGACAAUCCAAACGUUUCGGCACUUCUCGAGCCCAUGAUCGAGCAGCUCUUGUCCGCUGCUGAUCAUCCGCAAGCAGAAUUGAAGGGUGUGCCCAAUAGCUUCUUUGACGAGCUAGAAAGAGUUGAGCGCAAGAAAUUGAAACCGGACGAUGAUUGCCCCAUCUGUGGCAACGCCUUCCUUGACGACAAACACAUUCUCGUCGUUCGUUUGCCGUGCCAUAAAGAUCACAUGUUUGACCUGGAAUGUAUACAGCCAUGGCUCAAACUCAACACCACUUGUCCAUUGGACCGCAAAGAUGUGUAUACCCCAAAGAAGCCAGAGAAGAAGGUGGAGACCCCACAUGCUGCCGACGACGAAGAGGAGUGGGAUGAUAUGUAUGCAUGAAGUCUUGGUUUACGGAUAGGAUACAAACCUGGUCAUCCCCAUGAAAUCGCAUGUGGGAGGUCCGCUUGGAAGAAAGGGCCAAGAUGUGAAGGCAAUAAUGGUGGUGCACCAGCGCGCAUAAUACGAAUCGCGAAUACAACUGAGUUUGUAGCGCGAUAUCGGUCAUGUCCGGAUUGUAGCGACAAAGCGACU